CAAACAAAAUCAUUGCGGGAUGAACGAGUUACGAAUUUCCGGGUAAGGACGGUCCAUUUAAAAAUCAUUCCUCCCUUGCCCUGAAGUCAUCAGAAGUGUCCACUUCAUUUGAGGGCUGAGGGGAUAUGGUGUCUUUUAAGUGUUUGGACUGCACCCAUGAACAUUCCAGAAGCAUCUGAGGAAAAGUGUUUCGGUCAGACUUCUUGUCCUCGGAUGAUGGUGGUUUAGAUAUUGUUUUAUGAAGGGAUAGUUGUUUUUUAUGACUGUCAUACAUUGAUGCAGAUAUAAAGCAGCAAAAAAUGUUUUACCAGCUACUGACUUUCCUGGUUAAAUAAAAAUACAAAUAAAAAUGGAAUACACAUCUGAUGUGGAAGACCAUUAAAGGCAAGUCCAGUGUUCAUAGUAAUCCAAGGAUGAUAACAUUCUUCACUGUUGUCUGUGGCAAUACCUUGGGUUCUCAUAAGGACUUUUUGAAACAACUCACCAUGCAACGAGACUUUACUGAAGUGUGGACCCCGGAGAAGAGUGAUGUCAUCAUAACUUUCUGUCCUAUCGUCAGUCGUGUUGGGACUGAUAUUGAAGCAGCACUGCAGGAGAUCCCAAGUAACGAAGGAAAGUUAUUGACAUAUAUUAUAUAUCUGAAAUGUUUUAUAUCAAAUCCAUGUCAGUGUUGACCUUUGUAUCUAGCAAGAUGCUAAUUACCUGAAUGUUUUAUUUGUUAGCUUUUUCUUAUGCUAAACAUUUUUUUGGUCACUCUCUAUACAGCUGGUAAACGUGUUGUUUUGGUGGUGCUGCAUCAUUCCUUCAACCCAGACUGCACAGUACCCGACAGUAGCAGACUGGUGACCAGAGAUGAUAUGAUAACAGUGGACUGUCUGUUUCAUGAGAACCAGGGACUACUGGACUGUCCUCGCAAUAAAGAAGCAGUCGGUACGAUUUGGAGGGGUCUGAACAUACAGCCAAAGUGAGGAGCAUCUACCAUCCACAGAGAUACGCCUAUCAAGAGCAGAUUCACCAAACAUCUACUUUGUUGUUCUAAUAAUUGUCAUGGGAUCUACAAAUACAUAAUUCCCUAAAAAGCUGUGCUGAAAAUUAGACGGCAUUUUAUAUUUACACUGACAUUAACAUAGUCAAGUGAGGAAAUAUAAAUGAUAAAUCAAGAGAACAUUUAAUAUCUAACAGUUCUUCACAGUUAUUAAAAAGACUUGAAAGAGAAGAAUAGAAUGGAUUGGUAAAAUGAACAACAAGAGAACCACUUAAUUGUCUUGUAUCAGAGGGGACUUAUCAACAUAUUAGGACUAGGGGUGGGUCAUGACCCAUUUGCCAUGCGUGUUGUCAUGGUGACCAGCCCCUCCACCCCUUCCCCCCUCCUCUGGUUGGUCCAGCUUUUACUGUGGCUCCACCACCAUGGACCUCAGGUAACAGAGGCCGCGCCCCCAUGUCCAAACCCCUGUAGCUGCUCCAAUCAGGCAAGCCGAGUCAUCUGUACAAGGAAGAGUUUGGUGGAAGUACCGGAUAGUAUUUCUGUGAACACAAGAUACCUUAACCUACAAGAGAACACGAUUGAGGUGAUCAAGUCUGACACGUUCAAGCACCUGCGGCAUUUGGAAAUCCUGCAGCUUUCCAAGAACCACAUCCGACAAAUCGAGGUGGGCGCGUUCAAUGGCCUGCCCAACCUCAACACCCUGGAGCUCUUCGACAACCGCCUCACGCUGGUACCGUCGCAGGCCUUUGAGUACCUCAGCAAGCUGCGGGAGCUCUGGCUACGGAACAACCCCAUCGAGACACUGCCGGCGUACGCUUUCCACCGCGUUCCCUCCCUGCGCCGUCUCGACCUGGGCGAACUACGGAAGUUGGACUACAUCUCUGAGGCCGCCUUCGAGGGCCUGUUCAACUUGCGUUUCCUGAACCUGGGCAUGUGUGGUCUGAAGGAAAUCCCCAACCUCACACCCUUGGUCCGACUGGAGGAGCUAGAGCUGUCUGGGAACCAGCUGGGGAAUGUCCGGCCCGGCUCGUUCCAAGGCCUGGUGUCGCUGCGCAAACUGUGGCUCAUGCACUCCAAGGUGACGGUCAUUGAGCGCAAUGCCUUCGACGACCUGAAGAACCUGGAGGAACUCAACCUGUCCCACAACACCUUGCACUCGCUGCCCCAUGAUCUCUUCACCCCGCUGCACCAGUUGGAGCGGGUGCACCUCAACCACAACCCCUGGGUGUGCAACUGUGAUGUCCUGUGGCUUAGCUGGUGGCUGAAGGAGACGGUUCCCAGUAACACCACAUGCUGUGCCCGCUGCCAUGCGCCCCCAGGCCUGAAGGGCCGGUACAUUGGUGAGCUGGACCAGAGCCACUUCACAUGCUACGCUCCCGUCAUUGUAGAGCCACCCACUGACCUCAAUGUCACAGAGGGCAUGGCUGCCGAGCUGAAGUGUCGCACUGGCACCUCCAUGACGUCUGUCAACUGGCUCACCCCAAAUGGCACCCUCAUGACGCAUGGGUCGUACCGCGUCAGGAUCUCAGUCCUUCACGAUGGAACCCUGAAUUUCACCAAUGUGACUGUGCAGGACACAGGCCAAUACACCUGCAUGGUGACCAACUCUGCCGGCAACACUACGGCAACCGCAGUGCUCAACGUGUCCACCUCUGACUCCAGCAACCCUUUCAGCUAUUUCACCACCGUCACUGUGGAAACCGUGGAAACUAACAAUGGGGAGGAUUCCGCUGCAAGGCAGUACAUCAACGAAACCUAUGUACCGCCAGAUUACCUGGGUCCCACUGUUUCAGGAGGGGUACUGGGUAAAGGCAGGGCUGGAUUUACCAUAUCUCCAUCUCGCUCAUCUCUCUCCUCCCUGUCCCCGCAAGCCACCAGAGCUCCUGAAAAGGCAGUCACAGUGUCGAUAAUGGAGGUCACGAACAUCCCUGGCCUGGACGACGUGAUGAAGACCACCAAGAUCAUCAUUGGCUGCUUCGUGGCCAUCACCUUCAUGGCGGCCGUGAUGCUGGUGGUCUUCUACAAGCUGAGGAAGCAGCACCAGCUGCACAAGCACCAUGGCCCCACCCGCGCCAUCGAGAUCAUCAAUGUGGAGGAUGAGAUUGGUGCCGGGGCCGGGAGCGGCAUCUCAGGGGGUUCGACCAUGCAAUCCGGGUGCGGAGGAGACGGAACCUUGAGGAUGCAUCACCCGGAAAUAGUCAACCUUCCCAACAUCGGGCGAUCAGAGCAUCUUAACCAUUACUACAAGGCCAAUCAUUUCAACAACAACGUGAUGGGUCUGAGCAUUGGAACAGGGGCAGGCGUCAGUACUCUAAGCAACAAGAACAACCCGUCCCCACUGAACCAGCAAGGCCAGGAUAUCCCCAUCUCCUGUACACAGGUUCCAAUCUCCUCAGCCGCUUUCCAGACCAUGUCCGGAAAUGGCGCCAACACCAACCCUCUUUCUGUUUCCCCACCUCUGCCGAUGUCCCUCCCCAUGUCCCCUAUGGGAUUACACGGAUCGAUCAAGGGUUUCAUGGGCCAGAACCAGAAUCCACAAAUGGAGCCUCUUUUGUUCAAGGGAAACUCAAAGGAAAACGUUCAAGAGACUCAAAUCUGAAAAAAAAGAGUGAGGAGAGAGAGAGUGCAAGGGAAAGACAGAGAGGGGAUUGAUGGCCUCUUUACGUGCCGAACGAUUAAACACUACAGUGCAUUGACAUUACACCAGGAGAGGGGAUAGACUGACACGGCAAUACACAAACACAUAGACUGGUCAGCGACAGUGUACUGAGCCAAGGAUUACCACAAUGGGCUACUUGUGUUUGUAGUAACGAUCACGGCAAUGGAGUUCAAAAACGAACAUCGCUACAAUGUAAAUCUGUGCCAAAGCAAAUGUUUCUUGCAGUUUCUACGAGUUGUAUUCACAUAGAAGAAACCGCCUUUCCAAGUACUGUAGCUCAAUCCCCCAAGACGUGGUGGGCCAGUAAGUCAAGACUUAAGUCACGCACAGCACUGACUACAUUGAAGUUUGGAGACAUUGCAGAAAAAAUGCUAGAGACAUUUCUCUUUCACAGAAAAUACUUGUGCAAGACACUCUCAUAUGAACUCAAUAGUCUCCCCUUGAGGCUGUAGGUUGGCAGAAAUGGAAGGACAAAAGGUACAUACAGUACAGUACAGUACAGACUACUGUGAAAAUCCCACAGAUACAUAAAUAUAUUUUCAUUUGAAUAUGUUACAUUGCAGACUCUAACGCAGAGAUAUUUUGGAGGAUGUAUGAGCAGUAGUAGUUUGUUUUGUGAAUAAUCAGGGGCGGUGAUUGUGAAGGUUGAUUAUAUGAUACAUAUGUUUUGAGUUUGGCUACUCCUCGAAUACAUAAGGGCUCAAUUGCAACACUCAUUGUGAAUCUAUGAAUUUGGCUGCCAUGAAUUCUGAAGAAUGGUUGGAGAGUUCCCCUAGUUUUCUGUUUGGCGAGCUUUUUUUCCUGUGUUUCACUCCCUCAACCGCGACAAUAACUGGACACUUCUGUUCUUGUUUGUUUUUGAGAAUAUAUUCCACAUGUUCCAGCAGGCUACUUGAUUAUUCAAAUGAGCGCUCCAGAUGCCAGCAUAUACGUGUACCAUCAGCAAAUUUAGGUGAAAUAACAAAACACAUCAACAGUGAGCUAAUACCUUGCAAAGACUUGUAUGGGCAAUGGGAAAUGUUGACAAAGUGUAACUCGAUCAGUAGCAAGAUAUGUGCUAUAAGUGGUGAAUUUGAUAUGAACUCCUUUCUCAUGGUGACCAUUUUGAUGCUACAUAACGCUGUCAUAAGGGUGAUUAAAUGCCUGUCUUUGCAAUGGCAUUCAGUGGGUGGAUUCGGCCACAUUCUUUGGUUUAGUGGAACAGAAAUGUAUGAUAAUAGUAUUUGGUUGUACGACAAUUGUACGAACCAUCUUUUUACGGUGUACCUUUCAUGUGUUAAUACCAUUUAAAGCUUUGUGCAUUUAAACUAUGUCUUCAAUUAUUUUUGUUUAGUUUGAUAUAACGUGUACAGUUGUCUAGCCAUGUAUCAUUCACAUGAAAUAAAUAAAUCAUAUAUCGAG